CCAACCGAGGGUUUAAGCAGGAAGCUGGUGCCCUUCACUCUCGUUCUCCGACGAUGACCGAGACUCUGAGGCUCCGCGUGGAAUUCACGGACCUCCACAUUCUAAGAAAUUCGCAGAUAACCGACGGACUCCGGCGGAGCUGGAUUCUCCUCAAACCUCAACACCGCACUAUCUCGGACCUCGCCGCCUAUCUCCUCCACGUUUUCAACCUCCACGAUUCCUGCCCCGAUGGCCUCCUCAUCUCCAUGGAUGAGUUUGUGUUGCCGCCGUUUGAGUCCACCUGCAUUUUCAAGGAUAAAGAUAUUGUCAGUGUGAGAAGGAAAGGUGUCUCGGAGAUUGCGAUGAUUGAGGAUGGAGGGAACUGUGUUGAGGUGGAAGAAUUCAUCGAGAGGCGACUUGUGAAUGGAGGAAUGAAGCUUCUGGCUGGUGAGGAGUUUGAAAAGGAGAAGGGAGGGUAUGAAAGUGACCUAGAGGAGGAUGAACUUGACGAGCUGGAAGAUACAUUGCCUGUUAAAAGUGCGCCUGGCAACGGUACUAGCACACAUUCCAAGAAAAGGAAGCGAUCAGAGAAACCGGGGAGCUCCAAGAAGAAGAGAAGUAAAUUGGCUACUACUGGAGCAUGCUCAACUGUACAAGAAGGUAUUCAAGGAAAUGUCCAAGAAUACAAGAAAAGCGCUCAGAAGUGUCGUGCCAAGAAGAUUCUUUUGAAGAAGGAAAAGAUAACUACCAUAGAGGGUGAAUUGGAUGAUUCAAGUGCCUCUGACACUGAUGAAAGGACCAACAACAUAAGUCAUUCUACACACAGUGCAAACAGGAGCAGUCAGCUCCAAGAGAAUGGCAUGAAUGGUGUUGUUUCAUCUGAGAAGCCUGAUGAAAGUAAUAAGUUUCCUAGUAGAAGUGCUCGACGUAAAAAGGCUAGACGAAAGUGGUUAAGGGAAAACAUGAAAGCUCAAAAGGAAGAGUCACAUCAAACACAGGUAGACAACCAAGUUAAUCAGAAAUCAUCUAACAAUGAUUAUCGACAAUCAUCUGACAAAGCCAAUCAGCCGUUAUCUGUCAAUGAUAAUCAGAAAAGUUCUGGAGAAGAUGGAUCAGAAACAGAUAAUGAUGAAGAUGACAAUGUUGUUCCGGUAGUAACUAGGCCAGGACACAUUCGCUUUGCACCCCUCAGGAAAGUCAAUGCGGAUCAGAGUUUCCAGCAGAAUGAAAUUCCAGUGUCCUUAAAUUCCUGCCUUUUUCAGUGGAACGGAAUAACCAGCAAGAAGAAGGGCCAAAAAUGGGGUAUGGAAAAAACAUCGUAUUCAAAAAAGAGUAACUACGAAGAUGUGUACCAAGAGUCUUCUGUAAUGGUUGGUAUUGAAGAAGAAAUUCCUGAGACUGAUCCCUUAGACUUUGAUAAGCUUGAGCUCUCUACCACUGUACCGAAGGAAGGUGAUCAAAUUGCAUAUCGGUUGAUUGAGUUAUCAUCAUGCUGGACCCCUGAAAUAUCUUCCUAUCGAGUUGGAAAAGUGUCACGGUACAACCCUCAAUCGAAUAAGAUUGUGCUAGUCCAGGUUCCUGAAUAUCCCAUUGUUUUUGAGGAAAUGACAGAUGAGACAUCUGAGGUUCAACCAGAUACAUCUCUUUAUGGGGAAGAUGGUUCUUUAGAGAUAGAUUAUUCUUCUCUUAUUGAUGUCCGCAUUGUCAAGUAUGGGAAGCUGAACACAGCCAAAGCAGCCGCUGGAGAUCAAAAUGCUGCAUCAGAUUUUAGGCUCAAGAACGGCACAGAAACUAAGGCUGCAUCAGACUUCAGGCUCAAGAAUGACAAAGAAACUCAGGCUGCUGCAUCAGGCUUCAGGCUUAAGAAUGACAAGGGAAGUCAGGCUGCUACAUCAGGCUUCAGGCUUAAGAAUGACAAGGGAAGUCAGGCUGCUGCAUCAGGUUUCGGUAAUGACAAGGAAAAGAGUGCUAGUACGCAAGAAAAUGGAAAAGUGAAUACAUGGGAUGAAAUCAGCCAGGCAUUGAAUGCGAAGAAGGCAGAGCUUUCUCAGGAAAAUGGUUCAUGGAAAAUUAGGCCCUGGAGGGGUAGUGCAUUGGGUCCAACCAUGGCUCUUUUAAGAGCACAAAGUGAGCUAUGAGAAAGAUAUAUAUAUAUAUAUAUAUAUAUAUAUAAGAUUUUUCUCAGGUGAGGAUUUCUAUUUUUGCACAAUUUUUCGAUCAAAUUUC